AUGAAGUUGAUCUGGAGUACAGCUCUCUGGGGACUAGCUCUCCUGCUGGUAGGCUGCAGAGCCUUUAGCCUGCCGAAUGUUCCUGAUACUCUAACCAAGGAGGAGCGCCUGGCUGCGUUGCAAUCAGUGAGCAUAGCGGAAGAGAUAAGCCGCGACUACCUGAAGUACCACCGUACGGGAGUCCAGACGGAUAGGCUAAAGCAAAUAGGGUAUGAUCUGCGAAACAGUCACAGCAGGAAGGCCAUAUUUACUGAGUCCAUGGCUGACCUUAACUCUGCCGAUCAGUUCUUUGUGUGCACUCUGUGUCGAUCCACGGUCAAUGUCUUGGUCCGCACCUUCACCGAGGGAGAGCUGAGUGGUCCGCAGCGUGAGGCGGAGGCCAAGAAGCUAUCCCUGGGAGUCUGCGAUUACUUUGGCAUCUCCACCCAGGAGGUGUGCUCGGGACUCUUUGAUCUCAAUUGGCCCAUCUUCGAUUUCAUCUUCAACGAGACAGCCGCCGAUUCGCAGUCAUUCUGUAGCAUGCUGCCCAUUAACAUUUGCCAGGUGAAGCAGGACGAGUACAACUUAACUUUAACCAUUCAGGGGGAUUCCCCCACGGAACACAACUCUGAGCUACCCGCUCGCAGCUCGGAGGAUCUAGUGAUCCUCCAAUUCACCGACAUCCACUAUGAUCCCCUGUACGCCGCCGGCAGCAAUGCCGAAUGCGAUGAGCCCAUGUGCUGCCGAACUCCUCUGGCCGAGGGAGCAGAUUCUUCAUCCGCAGCUGGUUACUGGUCGGACUAUCGAGCCUGCGACACUCCCAUUCACCUCAUUCACAGUGCCUUCCAGCAUGCCAAGGAUAACCAUAAGAUUGACUGGAUCUACCACACUGGCGAUGUGCCGCCCCACAAUGUUUGGUCCACCACCAAGCAGGGCAACUUGGAUAUGCUGACGGAAAUCGAUGGACUCCUGGCGGAGUACUUCCCGAACACGCCCAUCUACCCCUGUUUGGGCAACCACGAGCCACAUCCCACGAACGUCUUUGGCAACGACGAAAUACCCACCGAAUUGAGCGUCAAGUGGCUGUACGAGCAUGUGUGGAGCCUGUGGUCCAAGUGGCUGCCUGCGGAGGCGGAGACCACUGUCCUUCGUGGUGGCUACUACACCGUCCCAAUCAGCAAAGACUUCCGUGUCGUAGCUUUGAACAGCAUGGAUUGCUACUUGUACAACUGGUGGCUCUACUACAACGCCACACUGAUCCAGGAGCAGUUGCAGUGGUUCCAUGACACCCUGCUCGCAGCAGAACAGUCUGGUGAAACGGUCCAUGUCCUGGCACACAUUCCCGCGGGUGACGGCGAUUGCUGGAGCAGCUGGUCGAAGGAGUACAACCGAGUGCUGACCAGGUUCAGUGGCAUCGUGACUGGCGUCUUCAGUGGACACACUCACAAGGACGAGAUGAAUCUGCACUACUCCGAGGAAGGCUAUGCCACGGUGGUGAACUGGAAUGGCGGCAGCCUGACCACCUAUUCGGAUACGAAUCCCAACUACAGGGUGUACGAAGUGGAUCCAAAGAGAAAGCAGGUGGUUGAGCAUAGCACGUACAUCUUCAAUCUGACGGCUGCCAAUGAGAAGCCCGAUGAGCAGCCGGAGUGGUUUUUGGAGUACGAGUUCACCAAGGAGUUUACCGAGGACACGAGCCCAGCGGGCAUCGAUAAGCUGCUGGUGCAAAUGGCCGAGAAACCUGAUUUGCUACGUAAAUUCCGGCGGUACAAGUUCACCAGUUCCGAUCCUAAGAUAGCAGAGGGCUGUGAUGACGCCUGUCUAAGCAAGACCAUCUGUAGGAUUGCCACCAGCAAUUACCAGGAGCGCACCCGCUGCAAGGAGCUGCAGGAAAUCCUGGCGGAUAGUCUGGAAAAUGAGGAUAAAACCGAUGACAAUGACAAUGGAGGCGGUGCCGCUGGUCUAAAGGCCUUCAGCCUGGCCUCCCUGUUGGCCCUGCUGACUGCAUCCGCAAUUCUCAACUAAGACUUAUCAUCAAGCUAUUCAUAGCCCCCAUAAUCGCUGGCGAUAAUCGCACCUCAAUGGAGCCAUAAAACGAGCAAUAAAACAACAUAGCCCGGAGAUUUGGAGAGAGAUAUAGAUGAUUAACCCGAAGAACAAUAAACACACUCGAUUCUUGUAGUCAACACUCAGAA